AUGACGACGCCCAGCAGACGACGACUCAUGCGUGAUUUCAAGAAACUCCAGGAGGAUCCUCCUGCUGGUGUUUCUGGUGCUCCAACGGAGGACAACAUCCUCGCCUGGGAAGCCAUAAUUUUUGGGCCACAGGACACUCCGUUCGAGGACGGGACCUUCAAGCUUUCUCUUGAAUUCACGGAGGAGUACCCAAACAAGCCACCAACGGUGAAAUUUAUUUCGAAAAUGUUCCACCCUAAUGUGUACGCGGACGGUUCUAUUUGCCUGGAUAUCUUACAGAACCGUUGGUCACCUACCUACGACGUGGCGGCGAUUUUGACGUCGAUCCAGUCUUUAUUGGACGAGCCGAAUCCAAACUCUCCAGCGAAUUCUCACGCGGCUCAACUCUACCAAGAAAACCGUCGCGAGUAUGAGAAGCGCGUCCAACAAAUCGUCGAACAGUCUUGGCUGAACUUCGGCGAAAAUGAAGGUGAUAUGGAAGUGAAGGAUGGAAGUGACGAUACGGGAAACAACGAUGAGAUGCCAUCAGCUAGUGGAUCAAACUGA